AUACGAGUGAUGACAAAGGGGAUAAAAAAACUUCAUUCCAGAAAAAACAAGAAAAAAUACAAAAACAAAUAGAGCAGCUAGAAAUGGAGAAUGUUGCUGAUAAAGAUUGGACGCUUAUGGGAGAGGUAUCAAGCAAACAUAGGCCAUUAAAUAGUUUAUUAGAAGAGGAUUUAAAAUUCGAUCAUGUCAUAAAGCCAGUUCCUAUUAUCACUGAAGAAGUUACAAUGAAACUUGAAGAUAUGAUAAAACAAAGGAUUUUGGACGAAACGUUCGAUGACGUUGAGCGUAAACAAGAUCCGAAUUUUAGGCCAUUUUUACCAUCAAAGUUGGUUGAAAUAUCGAAUGAAAAAUCAAAAAAGUCCUUAGCAGAGAUAUAUGAGGAAAAUUAUGUUAAACAAACAUCCGACAUACCGGAUGAGAAGGAUGAAGCAUUAAAAAAAGAACAUCAGGAGAUUGAAAAUAUGUUUAAAGAACUAUGUCACAAAUUAGAUGCUUUGAGUAAUUUCCAUUAUACACCAAAGCCACCCAGGCCCGAAAUUUCUGUCAUUGCCGAUGUACCAGCUAUAGCAAUGGAGGAAGUAAUACCAGUUCACGUGAGCGAUGGUACAUUACUUGCUCCUGAGGAAGGUAGCACUGAAAUGGAUUUAGAUGAGAAAAAACGGGCACGUGCCGCAAAAAAACGGUUAAAGAAAAAAGAAAAAAAAUUUAAGGAACGUGAGAAAAAGGUUAUCGAAAAGAUGAAUCCUGGAUUGGGAAACAAACAUUCAAAACAAAAGAUGCUGGAUUCAUUAAUAGGUCAAAAGAAUGUAACUAUUAUCGGGAAAAAUGGGAAACAAGUUUCCGCUUUAAAAUCGAAAAAACGAGAAAUUGAUAUUCGAUCUACAAGUUUGAAAUUAUGA